UACUUUAACUUAAAACCUCAGCUGCAUUGCCGCAGUCCUAGAUGAAGCCACAAUGGUUUCAUUCAACCUGACGGUGCCCUUAGCAGUUGACUUCGAGACACCUGUAGAUUACUUGAUUUUCAUAAUCAAUUUUAUCAUUGCCACCACCUCUGUUAUCGUGGCUGGCUCGGUCGUGCUGGGCAUCGUUUGCAAAAGGGCACUUCGAGCACAGAACCGGUUCCUCUUCAUGCUGAACACCAGCGUCAGCGACACGCUGACGGGGUUGAGUGGUUACUACGUAGGCCUUUUUGACGUCUACGAGGGCUAUCCGUCCAGGAACGGCACUUAUUACAUAUUACCCGCGUUCCUAGGUGUUAACAUUUUGACCAUGCUGCUUGCUCAAGUGGACCGAUUCUUUGCUGUGAGCUACCCGUAUGCUUACAACCGCUAUGUAUCACGGACUGUUAUUAUAGAAGCUUGCGCUUUCUGCUGGUUUUACACGUAUCUUAUAAUAUUGAUUCAGAACGUCGUUCCUCUCGAAACGGCUGCGAAAGUCAACGCUUAUUCUAUUGUGUGGCUCCAGGUUCUAAUACUCAUAAAAGUGCUGAUGACCGUGAAACUGUACCUCAUCGCUAAAUACCAGAUUGCUCGUGAGCCGCCGGGUCCAGAGAGAGACAGCAAGAAAGAGUCCCUGAGACUCAUCAUCGUGGUGGUAGUCUGCUUCCUGGCGCUCUGGAGUCCUCGCUUUUAUUACAUUUUAGUGGUUCAGAUGACCAGGUCACGAUACAUAUUCAAGAACAACGCCAGCGACCCUCUGAGCAUGAUGAUACGUUUCACUGCGACAAGUACCCCCGGACUGUACAUCUGGGGGAGCCCCGCUCUCAGGGAGGUUGUGCUGAAGACGGUGUGGGGGAGAGUCUGUCCGGUACUGAGAAAAAGGUAA